CUACACUGAUAUUAAUAAUGGCCAACACAGACAGUUUCCUUUGUUUUUUAUUAUUCAUAAACUGUAAAUAAUUAAAACGGCGAUUUAUCAGUAUCUUAUUAUUUGACACUGGCUAAAGCACAAACCGUGCCGGACACAAAAAAAAACCCGACAAUGUCGUCAUCGUUCAAUAAAUAAAACUACAAGCAAAAUGUUUAAUAGUGCAAAAUUGUUUAAAUUUGAGUUAUGAACGUGAAAAAUUAUUAUCAAUGUUGUGCUGUGCCUUCUUGUGGGAAUACUACUAUCAAAACACCCAAAAAGCUGUUCAUUCAUGUCCCAGCUAAAACAGAUCUGCGAAAUAAGUGGUUGGAAUGUGCUCGAAUGAAUGUAAGAAAUGUAUCGGCGAAAUCAAGUAUAUUUUUUUGCGAAGACCAUUUCGAUAUGGAAAAAGACAUUGAAAAUUAUUAUCGAUAUAAAACAGGAUUCAGCCGGAGACUAAUAUUAGUGCCAGGUGUAUUACCAUCAAGAUUUCACUGCCAAGAAGGCAGUAGACAACCAAGUAGCGACAAUGCAGUUCGCGCAGACUUUAGAAAAAGGCGAAAAAUCCAUGAUACUCAUAGUAACCUGGCAAAUUGUAAAAGUAGUAAAAAAGAUGACGUCAAGGAGAUUGUGAAAAUUGCUGAAUCAAAUUCGGUGGAAAGAAAAUUAUCACCGGUUUCCACACAGGAAGUAUGGAGUAAUUCACCGUAUAGUGUAGGUGAUCUUCUAGCACCACGGUCUGCGGGUCAAUGUAUCGUCACCUCGGGGCACAAGACCGACAGGCGACGGAAACGAAGCAGAAAACAAUUGAUCGCAUCUUCUUCGGCAAGCUCGAUAAUAGAAAAAAACAAAAACCGUACUACUAUGCAGACAAUAUCCGAUCCUAAGUGUGAUUUAGAAGAGUCCAAUAACCUUUCGCAUGUAGAAAAAGAUGACGAUGAUAGCGACGAUGAGACUGCAGGCUUUGCAACAUUGAAGUUGGAAGCAGCUAAACUCCGACAUUUCUUGACCAAUGAAGAAGAAACGGAAGACGGCCUACCGGUGUUCUGUAACAGAGUUCAAAAAGAACUUGAUGGUACACGUAAAGAAGUUGGGAGACAUGCAAUAAAUAAGCUAAAGACAGAAGAACUAGAAUUUGAUGUUCCUCCCGAUACAGUAAUUGAAUUUGCCGCAUUGAGUAACACCGAGGAGAUGUGCUCAGAUAUUGAUAAUAAUAUCAUACAAAAAUGCAAAGAAACUCCACCGUCAGAGGAUUCAAAUAUAAGCACGUUUAUUUCGUGUGGUGUGAUGGAAGAGUACCUCGAUAAGAACCUAACUAUUAAGGUGAAGAUAGAAAAUAAUGACGAAACUCAAUCUUUAGACAGUAAGACGGGGCUUGACGAGGAGUAUUUCGCUUCGGAGAGAGUAAAAAUUGAAUAUGAAGAUACAUCUAUAUCGAUAUCUCCUCAUCUCUGCUCCUGGUCUGAAGAUUUUUCGACAUUUCAAAGUGCUCAAGAAGCGUACACACGGACCCCGGGUACGAACACAACAUCUGAAGAACACGUCGACAUUUUUCUUAAUAUUUGGGAUCAAACUAUUUUGGAGCAGAUAGUGCAAGAAACUAACCGAUAUGCGUCGCAAGCUGUCACUGACGCUUCUGAAGGGAUCGACUCCAAUCCAAAGCCCUUGGAGUGGGAGGAAACCACAGUCGAGGAGCUAUAUCGGUUCUUUGCAGUUCUCAUUUACAUGUCGAUGUGCGUGAGGGCGUCCCUCCGAGAGUACUGGAUGUCGGGAGUACUAGGCAUGCCGACCUUCCGAAACAUCAUGUCUGAGACCAGAUUCCGUGUAUUAUUAAAGUUUCUUUAUUUCUCUAAAGACAAUAACGAAACUACACUCGUCGAUUCCCACGAAAGAGAAAUGUCCAAAAUAAAUCCUAUAGUCGAGCAUUGUAACGAUAAAUUUUCAAGUUUGUAUGUCCCUUUAAAACAUCUUAGUGUAGGCGAAUCGUUUAUUCAUAUGAGCGACAGAGGUGCCUUGCCGCGCUGCAAACAAAGUAAUGAAAAUCAACGCAUCAAGUGUUUAGAACUAUGCGAAGCAGAAACUGGGUAUUUGCUCAAGUGCGUCAUGUUUACAGAGAAAGACUACACAGUGUUCGAAAAGUCCAAAGACAGAUCGCAAGACAAAUUCUCUGGGCAUGUUCUCAAACUGCUGGACGGAUACCUCGACGUGGGUCACGUGGUGGUCGUGGACAAAUGGCACAGCCAGCUGCAACUGGCGCGAUACCUCAAGUCGCGACGCACUGACGUCAUCGGCUCGAUCUGUCGGCAAAAUGCUCAACUACCUCGAGAGAUCAAAUCUAUCAACGAAACUAACCUACAGAGCGGAGGCUGCAUCGCUGUGCACUGCGGGGAUGUCGCGUUAAUCACUUGGAAAGACGUAACAUUGUUAUCGACUUAUCACAAAGACUUAAACGUCUUAAAAGCAUCUAGCAACACACCGACACCAUCAAUUGUUUUGGACUAUAACAAAUACAUGAGAGGAGUGGACAUCAAAGAUCAGAAGCUAUCCGCGUAUCUUUUCGAAGGACGGCGAGGCGUUAAACGGUACAUACUAAUAUUCAAACGAUUACUAAACACGAGCCUUUAUAACUCCUAUCUCGUAUACAGAAAAACAACUGAUUGUUGUUUAACUCAACGAGAAUUUCGCUACAGAAUUGCUGAAGAUUUGCUCCGUCGUUUCCCGCGGUGCUCUGUGACGCGACCUCCGAGCCUCCCAACCACGGCCCCAGAUUUAGAGGCGACUCAUUUUCCUGUGCUGAUUAAGACCGGUUCUGGAUCGGGCAGCAAGAGACGACGCUGCGUCUGCUGCCAAGUCGCUGGAAGAAAGAAGUUUGUGGCGCAGAUGUGCAGUGGAUGUGACGCGCCGCUCUGCGUGGGGAAGUGUUGGGCUGAUUAUCACACUUCCUCAAGUUCGAAGGAACUGAAGUGAACGAAACUUGGAGCUUAAUCGGUUCGAAUUAUGAUAAGCUCUCAGUGGAUGGCGCCGAGUGGAGAGAGCAGAGAUCUGAAUAAAUUUACAAGUCCCGGGCGCAUUGAGUGAGCUAAUGUUUUUAAUAAUUGGUAAAUAAAUAAAAUUUACAUCUUGCCUGCAUUUGUUUGUGUGGCCAAUCAUGAAGUGGUCUUGAAAUUAGACCUAUGACACUUCAUAAUAAAUAGUUAAAUACG